AUGGCGACCGCUAUCCAUAUUGAACGCGUGCCACCACCAGACCUCCAUCUACCUCUCUCACCAAACACUGUCAAUGUGCGAAUAAUCGACACAACAACAUCGAUGCUUUGCAAAGCAGACUAUUUCUUAUCUCCUACUAUCGGCAACUUACACGAGCUCUAUUGCAAUGCAUUCGCCUUUCUAGUUGAAAACCCACGCACUGGGCAGAAGCUAGUAUUUGACUUGGGCGUUAGAAAGGAUUGGGAAAAUCUGGCGACGCCCAUGGUGGAAAGAUUGCUUGCGCAGGGCUUCCGGAUUAAUGUUGAAAAGGGUGUUUCGGAGAUUUUGCAGGAGGAGCAUGUUGCACUAGAGGAUAUAGAUGCGAUAAUUUGGAGCCAUUGGCACUUUGACCACAUCGGUGAUCCUUCCACAUUCCCAGAAACCACCAGCUUGGUCGUUGGCCCAGGGACAUUGGCAGCAAAGCUGCCUCCAUGGCCUGAGAAUCUAGCUAGUACUUUGACUGCGAGUGACAUUCGAGGAAGAGAGGUUCGCGAGAUAUCAUCAGCCGAAUUCACACUGAAAAUUGGUCGUUUCCGAGCACUAGACUAUUUCAAUGACGGCUCGUUUUACCUCCUGGACGUACCAGGUCACGCUAUCGGCCAUAUCUGUGGGCUAGCCCGCACUACAGAGAAUUCCUUCAUCCUCAUGGGCGCAGACACUUGCCAUCAUGGUGGCCAGUAUCGGCCCUCCCCGUAUGUACCGCUGCCAGAGAGCAUUAAGCCUCAUCCUCGCGGUGAUAGUGUGACGGCAGGUCCUAACGAAACAUGCCCCUGCUCUAUUUUUGAGGAGCUUCAUCCAAAUCCAGCAGAGUAUCGAACGCAGCAGUUCUAUAGUAUCCGAGUGAGAGAGGAUGGAGGUAGUGUUGCAUUUAACGUGCAAGAUGCAAAAGACAGCAUAGCAGGUCUACAGGAAUUUGAUGCCGCAGAUAAUGUUCUUGUUGUAUGUGCACACGAUGCUUCUCUGAAGGGUAUCAUUGAUGUUUUCCCGCAGUAUGCGAAUGCAUGGAAAGAUGGCGAGUGGAAGGAAAAGGGGCGAUGGAGGUUCCUAGGGGAUUGGGAGAUCCCAGACCAUAAAGUAUAA